UUUCCCAGAAUGCUAUCCGAUUGCAGUUUGAACUUCUUGCUAACGACCGACUCUGGUUGUUGUAUUCCCAAGAAAGGCUGCAGCUAAUAGAAUUCCAAUAUAACAUUAACAUUGGUUGUUUAUGUAACUGUAACAUGGGGGUAUCAGAUUUAGAGCUUGAUACGAAUGGACCUGUGGUGGAUCUUUCAGCAAGAGGCAUGCGGAAGCUUGACUCCAGUUUUGUCUGCUCUGAGGACACACACACUCUCAUACUGGACCAGAACCAAAUUAUGAAACUUGACCAUCUGGAAAGGAACCCAGGCCUCCAGCAGCUGUCCGUAGCCAGCAACCGUCUGGUCAGGAUGAUGGGUGUGUCACAUCUUCAAGAGCUGCAAGUCCUCAAUCUCCCCAAUAACAGCAUUGGCUACAUUGAGGGAUUAAGGGAUCUGCCGAACCUCAAAUGGCUCAACCUGUCCGGAAAUGCUAUUAAGGUCAUUGAGCAACUAAACAACUGUGUCUCGCUCCAACACUUGGAUCUUUCGGAUAACAGCAUAUCUACCAUUGGUGAUCUGAGUAAACUUGCAGCACUGAAGACACUUCUCCUGCAUGGAAACAGCAUCACAACACUCCACACCGUGCCUGCCAAUCUCUCCACACACGUGUCCAUCCUGUCUUUGGCCUCAAAUGAGAUAACAGAUCUCAACGAAGUGGCAUACCUGGCCCCUCUCCACAAACUGGAGCAGUUAUCCAUCAUGAACAACCCCUGUGUAAUGCCAACCCCCUCGCUUCCGCGUUUUGACUACCGGCCGUAUGUGAUGAGUUGGUGUCUGAACCUGAAAGUCUUGGAUGGCUUUGUAGUGUCUCAGAAAGAAGGACUCAAAGCAGAGUGGCUGUACAGUCAGGGCAAAGGUCGUUCCUAUCGACCAGGCCAGCAUGUGCAGCUGGUUCAGUACCUUUCUACGGUUUGCCUCCGCACCUCGUCGUCGCCUCUGGUGAUGGCGGAAGAUGCCAAACUGGAGAAGAUCCUGACUAAGCAGAGGUUCCACCAAAUGCAGCUGUUGGAGGAGAUGCGGGGAGAAUAUCCCAGCCCUCCUCGGCCCGCUCAGCUGGCUGUAGAAAAGCCCGGUCCCUUGCACACAUCGGCACAAGGGGGGGCCACAGAAGGGCAGAAAAGGAGCACUCCAUCACCAGCCGCUGUUCUAUUAGACCAAGAGAAAGGGCCAGCAGUGCAGUUCAACACCUGGGUGAGCUGUAACCACUCCAACACAUCACUACCACACAUUUCCAUCCCCGGCAGGCUCAGAGAAGAGAGCCUCUCUCUGGAAGAGGUGCAGACAGAUGAGGACAACCUGAACAGCAGCAUGCUCUCCUCCGAGUCCUCCUUCCUGCCCUUCAUGUCUGACCCGGAACCACAGCUGACUCACUCAGACAGCGAGGACGAGACGGAGACAUUUGAAGCAGACUCCCUGGCCCCCGCGGUUCCCCGGGAAGCCCCCCCGCUGGAGCAUCAAAACAAGGAGACGCUGGAGUCUGCAGCGAUUAGCUCGCAGACGCCACACCUCGAAGCUCCCAGAGAAGAAGGUUUAAAGUUCAUCAUAAAACAGUCAGCUUGUGAGGAAGUAAAAACAGCAGCUGUUAAAAUCCAGUCGUGGUGGAGGGGGCAGUACACGCGCUGUUGUCACCCCGUGGCCCGAGAGGUCCGCAGUGAGAUACGGCUACGCAGGAUGCAAGACCACAUCAUCUUCUUGACAGAAAAACUGGACAGGGUGCAGAAACAGUGCCAAGAGGAGAGGUUACAAAGGCUGGUGCAGAAGGAUGCGGUUAGGUUUCUAUGGAAACAGGUGCAGUCCAUGCUGCAGUGGAAGCAGUCGGUAGACGAACAGCUGCUUGGCCUCCCUCACAUCUGUGGUGGUCCGUGCCAGGCAUCACCCCCUCCGAUGGCCUGCAGCACCACCAACCAAGCGGCCACAGACAUGUCCUUCCCAGACUCGGGAUUCCAGACGACAAGAAAAGAGCAGGCGGCGCGGGAGGGCAGCUUCCUGAGCAGCGGGACUGGAGAGUCUGUCAUGACAGUGCGAGCACUCAGCCCGAGUGGCGGCGGCGGCUCGGACAGCAUGGACUGCACCCUCCUGGAGCAAUAUGCCUCCUCCUUGCAGCAGAGGGAGGAAGAGGACGAAGCAGAGGAAGUGGUUAGCGAUCAUUCGGUGACACCACGGCCGUCCUCGCCCGUCUCUCCUGGAAAAUCAGUCCUGCAAACAGGAGCUGAGGUGCAAGAAGGCUGCAGUCACACAAACUGAGAAUCUUCAGCUCAAAUCAAAAGAAUGUAAAUGAUUACAGAAUAUCUACUGAACAUGGCACUUUUAUUACAUUUAUUACUCAGCUAUUUAUUGCUCAGCUUACAUGCCUUUUUUUAAAUGAAUGUUCUGCACUUGUGAAAGGCAAAACAACACAACACUUAAAAUGUAGCUUUGUUUACCAGUUGUUAUUCAGCUAGUCUGCAUCUGCUAUUACGUUUCUUUCUAUACUUCUCUCAAUGAUUGAAUAUUCACCUGUGCUCUUUCCUGUGAUUAAACUGCAAUAAAAGCAGAUCACUGGAUCAGAUCACUUUUCACUGGAUUGAGCCACUACAGCCAACACAAGCAUCCAUCCAUCCAUUAUCCUCA